AUACAACCGAGUUUAUUACUUCCCCUCACAGCAUGGGACAGCGAAAGCCCGCCACGGCGAAAUACUCCCCUCCACACAGACACAGGCCAACACCACCCGCAGGCCGCACCAGACAAUCAGGCGGCCCAUAAACCCCACCGUAGCUACCCGAUACGGGCUCAUCUAGCGGCCCAGAUCACGCCACGCAUGCUCCUCGGCGGGCCCCUCGCCGCGAGCGCCGCGCCCCUCCCUCGCCGCCGCGCCGUCGGCGGCCGCCGGGUCAUGUCCACCUCCGCCUUCGCUUCCGCCUCCGCCGCGCCCGCGCCCGCACCCGCCCCGGGGCCGAGGCGGCGGCCGCUGCGCGGGGUGGUCUUCGACAUGGACGGCACCCUGACGGUACCCGUCAUCGACUUCCAGGCCAUGUACCGCGAGGUGCUCGGCGGGGAGGCGGCCUACGCCGCGGCGCUCGCGGCCGGGGGAGGCGCCGUCGAUAUCCUCCACUGCAUCGAGGACUGGGACCCCGACAAGCAGCGCCACGCGUACGAGGUUAUCGCGCGCUUCGGACAGGAGGGGCUCGACCGCCUCCAGAUCAUGCCCGGGGCCUCGGAGCUAUGUGGCUUCCUGGACGCAAAGCAGAUCAGAAGAGGUUUGAUCACCCGUAAUGUGAAGGACGCAGUUGAUUUGUUUCACCAAAGGUUUGGUAUGAUGUUCACUCCUGCACUUAGUAGAGAAUUUCACCCCUAUAAGCCAGAUCCAGCUCCACUGCUUCACAUAUGCUCCACUUGGAACAUUCCGCCACACGAAGUGAUCAUGGUCGGCGACAGUCUCAAGGAUGAUGUUGUUUGUGGAAAGAAGGCAGGAGCUUUUACUUGCUUGCUCGAUGAAACAGGGCGAUAUGGUCCUCAUGAUUGUUUGCCUGAGGAAGUUAAACCUGACUUCAAGGUGUCCUCGCUUACAGAAGUGUUCACUGUGCUGGAGGAGCACUUCGAUUUGGCACCAGUACCUGCUGAGAGUAGAAUAUGACACUGAAGUUUUAUUGGACUUGCCCGCUAAUGUGAAAUCGGCUACCCAACCAACACCUUGAAUAAUGUGGACAAUGUUGAUGCCAUUUCAACUUUCAAGUAUCAGAAGCUCUGAAUGGCUGUUCCAAAUGUGGAUUAAAUGGCAAUGAAGUGAUUCGAUUUGUUGUAAAUCUACGAUCAUAUGUUAUCCCUGACUAAAUCAGCUUGUGUGGUUAAGUGACUCAAAUGGCCAUAAGUAUCUGGCAAUUCAGAAUAUAACAAAAAAAAAAUCCAUGGAUACCAUUCGUUCAA